GGCCGUGAUGAAUUACUGCCGGUGGCCAACGACAGAGGUGUGACGUCAGACGAGAGUGACGUCACCGCCUCCAGAGCUCUUUUGGCGACCCAGUUCGAGACAGAGUUGCUUCAAUUGGGCGUCUACAGAGAGGGACUGUCGGCGCACUCAACAUCUGUGUCCUCCCGAAUGCUCAAUGUCAAGAAACUUAUAACUGUGACUAAAAAAUCGCCUCAGAUGAAAUCGUCGAAUUCUGCGCAGUUGAGCGCUUCCAAGAAGGCUGUGGAGGCUAUGGACAAGGCCGUGUCGUCUGCAGUCAUGGUGGAUGCGUCUCUCCGAGCCAUAUGCAGUGAGUACAACAAUGCAAUAUCAGCCGUUGAGGAGCGCGUGUCCGAGUUAUCUACCAACCACGCCCAUACAAGAGCGCACACAAACAGUCUGUGGCGGGCUGUGGUGCAGACAGUCGCAGAGCAAGACAUUCCCACAGCUGGUGUGAAGAGAGGAGCCACCCCACAACCACGGCGGAAAUCAAACACAAUGGAUAGUAUACAAGUGCCUGAGCAAAUGGACUGGAAAGCGGCGGUGGAGAAGGGGCUGGAUUCAUUCGAGGACUUGGAAAAAAAUCCGGACCUUGAGGUGCCCGCUGCCGUCGUGAUCCCAGAAUUGCCGAUGUAUGAUGCGUAUACCGUGGAACUAAUCAAGACUACAUACCGAUGCGACUUACAAUCCAUGUACGAUGUGAUGUUCUCAUCGCACUGCCCAGGGUUGUUGGCUUUCUACCAGAAGUGCGAGUACUUCGACAUCCAGCUGGGUGCUUGGACUGUGUCGACCGAUGACAUUCUAGUGUCAACACGCGAGAACUAUUACAGCAUCACACUCGACACCCCACUCGGCCGAAAGACUUCCAACACAGUGGAAGAAGCUACGCUGACAUGGAAUGCGCAGAAGACGGCCUUUGUCGUGGACUCCAAGAUCACCGCAAAGGGCGUGCCGUAUGGCGAUGCGUUUUACAGUCGAGUCAAGUAUGUGGUGAAGAGUAGUGGGGAGAAGACGUGCGACGUGACCCUUUCGACCCAGUUGGAAUGGGUAUCGAAACCUUAUUUCUCAAAAAUAACUAACAUGCUGGAGACGACGGUGAAGGAGACCAUGAGUGACUUUGGAGAUUCAUGCCACAAACACAUGGUAGAGUCUAUAAAUGGAGGU